AUGUUGGACAAGAGAUUUUAUUUGCGUCUACAGCUCCAACUUCAUGCGAUCACUUGCCCCGGCGUCUGGCUGUGCUCGCAUGGCUAUCUGGAGGUUACUCUGAAGACUUUGGGCUACUAUUUUCGCACUGGUGCUAUGGAGCCACGUUUCCCGUUGCUGUGUCAUGACACAUUUGUUAUGGAAGGUUACUUUAAAAAUGUGAGCUCACUCGCAGAGAUGCAGCGAAUGGUGAGAGCGGAGCAGCUGGAGAUAACUUUGUGGCAAAAUGGACGCCGGCUGGCCUACUAUAUGGGCACGCUGUCAAUGCUAAUGCAGCCCGGAGUGCCACGUCUUAGUUGCGCCCAUAGCGAUCUGGUGCAGCUGCUUAUGAAGGCAACACCUGCUUUUCCCGGUAUAUUGGCGCCCAAAGUUGAGUUGUCGGCACAGCUCAGCACGCAGGAUAAGCAAUGCGAUAGCUGCUGUGGCAAAGCAGAACGUAGCUUGGGACGUCAGGUGAAGAUUUGUAGUCCAAGUCGCGAAGAGCAGCCACGCAAGCAGCAAGCUGUAUGCCAUUCCAAGCAGUCCAGCUGUUAUAUGAGUAACUACUCCAGCUGCGAUAGUCUGGAGAGCUUGUUGAAUGCUCCACAACAGCGCAGGCUGUCCAGCUGCUCUGCUAGCACACAGCUAAGCAAUGAUUCUCGGACGCUGAGUCAGGAUUCGAGCUGUGCCUCAAACAAUGGCUGCUCGCAUUGCUGCAAUUGCUAUAUAUGUAAUGCAUAUGGACGCAUGUUUAAUUGUGCUUAGGCAGUAUU